UGUGAGAAUUCGAUAAUUUCAUAAAUUGAAAGGAUAAUUUGGCGGAGGAAACAGUGACGUUGUGGUGUGGAGAGGAAAAUAAGAGGCGGUCCGGUGUCCAACAACUCUUGUGGCGGCUAUUUGAUUUUGGUGGAAUCGGCCACCCGGAGAUUCAGUAACACUCCAGCCGUCACCUCAGGAAACGGGAAGUUCAUGGCGUCGAUAUCCUUUUUAACCUCUAAAACCCUAGUCUUACCAUCGGUGACCUACCUACCACUAUCUUCUUCUUCGUCUUCAUCUACAACGCAUAGUUGCUGUCUUGGUGGCUGCAUAUGCUCCUUCCCAAUCAAGCCGAUUUCUACUUCUAAUUUGAUUUUUGGUAGAAGGAGAACGGGGAGGCAGGUGGUCCGAAUGGCCCCGGAUGAAGAGAAGCUCACUCGUCGCAAUCCUCUCGAUUUCCCAGUUGAGUGGGAGAGGCCUAGGCCAGGACGUAGACCAGACAUCUUUCCUCAAUUUAGCCCCAUGAAAACACCACUGCCACCACCAUUGCCAUGUGAUCCCCCCCUUGAAGAAGACGAGGAGGAGGAGGAGAAGGAAGAGGAAGAAGAGGAAAAUCCUGACAAGGAAAAUCCAGAUGAGCCUGGGGAGGAAUAGAUGCUGUCCUUGAAGAACUACUUGAGUUCCUUUCCCUUUUUCCAUCUUCACUUUGUUUUUUGAUAGGCUGAAAGCGUUAGAUAUCCCUAGGGGAUGAUGAGCUGAGUUAGUUUACAAUGAACCAAAUAUGUUUGAGAGCUACAACUUAUAUUGCAAUUCUAUAUUAAAGUAAAUCUCUUAGGAUUUCUUAUUUUCUCGAGUUCCCCUGCUAUAGGCAAUGUAUUUUACGAAUAAUUAUCAUGAAUGAUAUGCCUUCUCUCCCGUUUGUACUCUCUUAUAUUUGAGUGUAGUUUCAGAGCAAAUCUUUAGAAGCUGA